CACCUGCAUUGCCACAGACAACACCGCCGCAAUGCCUACCAGACUCACCAAGACCCGCAAGCACCGCGGUCAUGUCUCUGCCGGUCACGGUCGAGUUGGCAAGCACCGAAAGCACCCCGGUGGUCGUGGUCUUGCCGGUGGCCAGCACCACCACCGAACCAACAUGGACAAGUACCACCCAGGUUACUUCGGAAAGGUUGGUAUGAGAUACUUCCACAAGCUCCAGAACCAGUUCUGGAAGCCAGUCAUCAACCUCGACAAGCUCUGGUCGCUCGUCCCCCAAGAGCAGCGCGAGAAGUACCUUGCUGGCGGCAGCAAGGACACCGCUCCAGUCCUCGACCUCCUCCCACUCGGCUACAGCAAGGUCCUCGGUAAGGGCCGCAUCCCCGAGAUCCCAAUUAUCGUCCGCGCCCGCUACUUCUCCAAGGACGCCGAGCGCAAGAUCAAGGAGGCCGGUGGUGUUGUUCAGCUCGUUGCAUAAACGCGCGAAGCUACGCAUUCUCAAUGAGAUGCUUGCAUGACCGGCGUUUUGCAAAGAGAUGACUGGGUAAAAGUCAUGAAAGAGUUUGGCGUCAUGGGAGCCUGCCCUUCGAUUGGCGGCGUGGGAUGAUACCAUAACCUCUUCAGCGUGGUAGCUGAGAGAUGCCUUUGCGCACGUCGUACCAUAGACCAAUGCAAGCAUCUCUGAACAGACCUUCUGACGUCCUCGCACGAGGAUGAGCUGUCCGUUCCCUUUCUGCAUGAUUCAUGCUUCAUGGUUCGUGCUCUGGCGCUCGCCAGUCUGCUGAUUCGCAGGGUUAAUUCCAUCGAACGGUAAGCCGUACCUUUGCUGUCUCGAAAGCUUUGUCAGUGCCAUAUAAGCUCCCGGCACUUCACCACGAGCUGCGUGCUGGAUACCUCUUCAGACAUCCUUGCCUGGGAGGGAGGUGGCUCAUUCUUCACACUCAAAACAAUUUAUUACGCCACCGAAGCGCAUCCAUAUG